CACUCACUAGGCGCAAACAUAACCUAUUGAAUUCGAACCGUUUUAUUUUGUUGAUCUUGUCUUUAUUAAUGUUAAUCUUGUUAAUUAAUAAAUAUAUUUUAUAAAGACGUAUAUUACAGAAAAUGAAGAAUAUUUCAAGACUCUUUGGCACGGAUAGAAUAUUAAACAGAAAUGUCAGAACAAUUCGUAAACAAUCAAAGGAUAAAUAUCCGGCAAAUCAUGAAACUUCAGAAAAAGUUUAUAAAGAAAAACAUCCUUACAAACAAAUUCAUCCUUGGAAAUCAGCCAGCGAGUUUUCUGAAUCUUUAGUAAAAAAUAUACUUUAUAAUGAGGAUGGUUUGGUUGCUAUAAAUAAACCGUACGGAAUUCCUUCGAGAAAUAAAGACAUAACUGACACCAAGCCUCGAUUUUUACAUCGAAGUCUUAAUAGUGUUUCAAAUGGUGUUGAUUAUUCGAUAGCAGAUUCUUUACCGUACAUUGCCAAACAGCUUGGUUAUGAAAAAUUAACGGUCAUGAGAGCGCCUGAAAGAUACAUGACCGGAGUUACAUUACUCACUGCCGACAAAACUGUAGAAGAUAAAGUACUUUUAGCAGAAAGGCGAGAAUUCACUUUAAAACAACUUACAAAAUCUUAUUGGAUAGUUACGACCAGACUGUGUGCAAAAACAAACGAUAAAGGACAAGUAGGAAUGAAGUUAUUCAAAAGUCCUUGCAAAAAAUUCGAAAGGCCUGUAAUAAUUAAAGAGUGGAAUAAUGCCCAAGUGGAGAGGAAGGAAGUAAGACUUCUUAAUUUCGAACACGAAUUAAUAUCAAAUUCAAAAAUGGAUCUUAGUUCUCUCAUAAAAUUGAAAGCAUCGACAAAAAAAUGGCACGCAAUUAGAUUAUUUGCAGCAACACAAUUGCAUAGUCCAGUUCUUGGUGACAAUAAUCAUGGAUCGAGAAUUCAAAAUAUUAUGGGAACGUGGAUGACGGUGAAUCCAUUUCUCGAAACUGUCAGCAAACCACCGACACUUGAUCCACAACUUUUAAAAAGUUUAAACUUAUCCCAAGCCAUGCAACCCAUUAUUCCUGUACAUAUUCAUUUGAGAGAGGUUGAAUUACUUCACUUUUUGGGACGUAAAAAACAUUUAGUUAUUCAAGCUCCAUUAUUCCCAGAAUUUGCCUGGACGAUAGAGACUCUCGGUUUAAAAUUACCCGUGGAAACUAAUUCAGAUAGUGACGACGUGAGAGAGGAAGAGAACGAGGAGUCUGUACAGAUUAGUCAAUAAAUUUUUAUGAAAAGAAA